UGAAAACAAUAUGGCUGCGCCCAUGCACAUGCGGCAGUGUUUACGUUGAUGUUUUUGUUUAUGUUUGGAAUUAUUGCUUUUUGAAUUUAGAAAUUGAUGAUCGUCGAAAUGAAAGAGGAUAAGCAGAAUAUGAUUGUUUUUCAGGAAAUUUAUGGAUCAACGCCUUAAAAAGACUAUUUGAGGAAGUCCGACGGUCAACUGUCUGUUGUGGACAGAUCACCAAAAUACACUUCUGUGUCACAAUUCUUUCGAUCAGUGUUUCUACCACAAGGCUACCCUGAGAGUGUGAGUGAGGAUUAUGUUGCCUACCAAGUCUGGGACACAGUGCAGGCGUUCGCUAGCAGUAUCACAGGUACAAUGGCUGCUCAGGCGAUGUUGAAGGGAGUUGGUGUUGGGGACAAAACAGCGACGGUGCUGGCUGCUACAAUGACCUGGCUGCUGAAAGAUGGGACUGGGAUGCUGGGACGCAUCGUCUUUGCCUGGAUACAGGGUACAAAUCUUGACUGUGACGCAAAAAGAUGGAGGUUGUUUGCAGAUAUCCUAAACGACUUUGCAAUAUUCCUGGAAAUACUGGCACCGAACUUUCCCCAUUACUUCACCCCCAUAGUGUGCGUGGCAGGUGUGUGCAAGUCGGUGGUUGGUGUGGCAGGGGGCGCCACUAGAGCUGCUCUAACGCAGCAUCAGGCUCGCAGAAACAACAUGGCGGAUGUGUCAGCUAAAGAUGGCAGCCAGGAAACACUUGUAAAUCUGGCAGCCCUUAUUUGUAAUCUAGUGCUGGUUCCCAUGGUAACUGGUCAUCAAUUUAUCAUAUGGAUGUUAUAUCUGGUAUUCACUGCUGUUCAUCUGUAUGCCAACUACUCAGCUGUUACAUCAGUUGUCAUGGAAACAUUAAACCAAGCCCGUCUCCAUAUUCUACUACAGUCAUAUUUCAAGUCAGCAGAGAUUCCCUCCAUCCGUAGAGUAAACAAACAAGAACCUGUCAUAUUUGCAAUAAAAAGGAAGAUUUCUAUCAAACUGGGGUCAUCUUUAAGUGAUGUUUGUAAAAAAAUGCAUGAUCUAGAUGUGCUGGAGAGUAUAUACAGGCAAGGACGGUAUAUGUUAGCACUCAACAGGCAGAAAAAUUGUGUUUACAUUGUCCUGCAUGAAGACAGCACUGUCACAGACCAGGUCCAGAGUUUGGUGCAGGCUGAGGUGAUAGAGUAUGUGGCUAAUAAUCUCCAGGACAAACAGAAUCUGAGUAUAGAAAUGCAGGAAAUUGCUGCUGGUAUGAUAGAAGACAACAUUCACAAGAUCCUGCAGGUAUCCUACAAGCUGGUUGCCAUGGUUCCUGCACUCCUCCACCAGAUGGCGCUGCAGGGCUGGGACACACAGAAGGCGCUGUUUGGGGCAGACGAGUGGCGGGCACACUGGGACUUCACGCAUGGCUUGGAAAGGAAGAAGGACUUCUGAGCAAGACACCAUUGAUAAAACAGUCCAUUUCAUUUUAAAGAGAUGAUCCAGUAUGUGACAUUUUACUCAUGAGGAGAUCUUGGAUGGAUAUCAUUUCCAAAUGGUCCUCAAGGUUGUUUUGGGCUGAGAACUAAAACAAGGGUUUAAUUUAUUUCAAAUAAAAGGCAGCAUAAACAUUUCCGUAAUAUCUAAAAGCAAUCUCAUGUUGACGAUGUAAGUAUGUGUUUUAGAAUCAAUAUUAAAUAGUGAAGAUGCCUGGAAAAGAUGAGUAUAUAUUGCCAGACCAGUGGCACUGUCACACAUAAAGGCAACUCCAGCUGUUCACCUGAAAAUACUCUGGAACCUAUAGUACAUGUCAAAAUAAUAAUAAUUGCACUGGAGAAAGAUGUUGAAAGAACUAAAACAAUGACAUCUAACUACUGUUGUGUUUUUAUGUAUGUAUAUUAAAUGCCAUUAUGUCAUU